AUGCAGCGCUGGCUGCGGGGCUUCGUGCUGCCCACGGUGGCCUGCCAGGAGGACGAGGACUCCUUCGGCUACAAGACCCUCUUCCAAGACCUGGACCGCGACGGGGACGGCUUGGUGGACAUUGUCGAGCUCCAGGAGGGGCUGAGAAACUGGAGCUCCUCGUUUGGUGUGAACUCUGGGGCUGAGAUUUUUAAAGCUGGAAAUACCAAUGAUGAUUCAGGAUUGGACUUUGGAGAAUUUAUGCAGUACCUUAAAGACCACGAGAAAAAAAUGAGGCUGGCAUUUAAUAGUCUGGACAAAAAUAAUGAUGGAAUAAUAGAAACUUCAGAAAUAAUUGCUGCUUUGAAAUCACUGGGUAUGCAUAUUUCUGAAGCUCAGGCAAAAAAAAUUCUACAAAGCAUCGAUGGUGAUGGAACAUUGACAGUAGACUGGGAUGAAUGGAAGUACUACUUUUUACUUCAUCCUGCAACAAAUAUUGAUGAAAUUGCUCAUUUCUGGAAGCAUUCUACUAUAAUUGACAUAGGGGAGAGUAUAUCUAUUCCAGAUGAAUUUACUGAAGAAGAAAAGCGUUCUGGAGAUUGGUGGAGGCGUUUGGUGGCAGGAGGAAUAGCUGGUGCAGUUGCAAGGACAUGCACAGCACCUUUUGAUCGCUUGAAAGUCAUAAUGCAGGUUCAUAGUACAAAGUCAAGGAGAAUGAGAUUGAUUGGCGGUUUUGAGCAGAUGUUAAAAGAAGGAGGAAUUCGCUGUCUUUGGCGGGGAAAUGGUGUAAAUAUUUUUAAAAUUGCACCUGAGACAGCACUCAAGAUUGGAGCCUAUGAACAGUAUAAGAAGUGGCUUAGUUUUGAUGGUGCUAAAAUAGGAAUUAUUGAGAGGUUUAUAUCUGGCUCAUUGGCUGGUGCAACUGCCCAGACCUGUAUUUACCCCAUGGAGGUUCUAAAGACCAGACUGGCUCUAGGUAAAACUGGACAGUAUUCAGGGAUCAUUGAUUGUGGCAAGAAGCUUCUCAAACAAGAAGGUGUUAGAACCUUUUUCAAAGGUUAUAGUCCCAACUUGCUAGGCAUUCUACCUUACGCAGGUAUAGAUUUUGCUGUUUAUGAGCUUUUGAAGAAUUAUUGGCUAGAACAUCAUGCAACAGAGUCUGUAGACCCUGGGAUAAUGAUUUUGCUGGGAUGUAGUACAUUGUCUCACACUUUUGCUCAGAUAGCCACCUUUCCUCUGAACCUUAUCAGAACUCGCAUGCAGGCUCAAGCACUGGAAGAAAAAGGAACAACAACUUCUAUGAUUCAUCUUGUUCAAGAGAUAUAUUAUAAUGAAGGAAAAAGGGGAUUUUUCAGAGGUCUCACCCCAAACAUCAUAAAGUUGCUUCCUGCAGUAGUCAUCAGCUGUGUAGCUUAUGAAAUAGUGAGACAACAUUUGGAAUUAAUUUAAAAGUGAAAUAUCAAAUCGUCAUUACCAAAAUCACUUAAUUGUAAGAUAAUACCUGGCUUGUAAAGAGAAGUUGGUCUUUUCCUAAAAGGAAAGACAUAUCAAAUAAUUGUCAAAACAUUUUUUCUUUAUCUAUUACAAAAUUUAUAAGUUAAAUAACCAU